CAGGACCAGGAUAAGGAAUACGUGGGCUUUGCAACUUUACCGAAUCAGGUGCACCGCAAAUCUGUAAAAAAGGGCUUCGACUUCACUCUGAUGGUAGCAGGGGAGUCCGGCUUGGGCAAGUCCACCCUAGUCAACAGCCUCUUCCUCACAGAUCUCUACAAAGACAGAAAACUACUCAAUGCUGAAGAGCGAAUUACCCAGACAGUAGAGAUCACCAAGCACACAGUGGACAUCGAAGAGAAGGGGGUCAAACUGAAGCUUACCAUAGUGGACACCCCAGGCUUCGGGGACGCAGUCAACAACACUGAGUGCUGGAAGUCUGUCGCCGACUACAUUGACCAGCAGUUCGAGCAGUACUUCAGAGACGAGAGUGGCUUGAACCGCAAGAACAUCCAGGACAACCGUGUGCACUGCUGUAUUUAUUUUAUUUCACCGCUCGGGCAUGGUCUCAGGCCUCUGGAUGUGGAGUUCAUGAAAGCCCUACAUGAGAAGGUCAACAUCGUACCAGUUCUUGCUAAGGCAGACACACUCACUCCCAGUGAGGUCAGGAAAAAGAAAAUCAAGAUUCGAGACGAAAUCGAGCAGUUUGGAAUCAAAAUCUACCAGUUCCCUGAUUGUGAUUCAGACGAGGAUGAAGAGUUUAAGCAACAGGACCAGGAACUGAAGGAGAGCAUCCCGUUUGCAGUAAUCGGCAGCAACACGGUGGUGGAGGCAAAAGGCAAGAGAGUGCGCGGUCGCCUCUAUCCCUGGGGUAUUGUGGAAGUGGAAAACAUGGCACAUUGCGAUUUUAUUAAGCUGAGGAACAUGUUGGUGAGAACACACAUGCAGGAUCUGAAGGACGUGACGAGGGAAACUCACUACGAGAACUACAGAGCCCAGUGCAUCCAGAGCAUGACGCGCAUGGUGGUGAAGGAGCGAAAUCGCAACAAACUAACCAGAGAGAGCGGCACAGACUUCCCCGUCCCUAUGGCUCCACAUGACACUGAGACGGAAAAACUCAUCCGGGAGAAAGAUGAAGAGCUGCGGCGGAUGCAGGAGAUGCUGCAAAAGAUCCAGGAGCAGAUGCAGACGCAAAAAGAAGCCUAUUAACCUCUGCAUGUGCCAUCCACCUUCACCAUCUGACCUCCAUGUUCCAGCUGGUAUCAGUGCUCCUUGUCAGUCAGUCUCUUCUGCCCACUGAAGGUUCAAAACCAUGUAGAGUUUGCUCUGAAUGUCCAAAGUCCACUUUUCCUACAAGUCUGUGAGUCUAGUGGCUUCCACUAGGUGUCAUUAGGUGCUAGAAGUGUGCAAAAACAUGUCGGUCCAUGUCAUUAAAGAUGCAGCUGGUAACAAACAAACAACAAACAAAAGAAUUAGACAAAACAAGGAUUGUUUUAGUCUGAGAAUGUUGUGCUGUUUGUAAGACAUUUUUGCCUGCUCAUGAUGUUCAAAAGACAUGUUUUCUGUAGCACACAAAACAGGUAACAAAACUAAAAAACUAGACGCAACACUUGAGCUCUGUACUACCUGCUGAUUACAGAUAGUUUGUUAAAUAUUUUGUCUAGCUUGAAAGUUUAAACCUAUUUCUGGCCGUGUGUUGGAGCUUUGUAUGUCUAAUAGCAUUUGUUUAAUUUUUAUGAGAGGCUAUUUCUGUGGCAGCAGUUUCAGUUUCUUUGCUUAAAUUCUACUAAGCAUAUACACCGAUCAACCAUAACAUUAAAACCACCUCCGUCAGUGAGUUUCUACACUCACUGUCCAUUUUAUUAGCUCCACUUACCAUAUAGAAGCACUUACUGACUGUAGUCCAUCUGUUUCUGUACAUUUUUAUCCCCCUUUCAUGCUGUUCUUCAAUGGUCAGGACCCCCACAGGACCACUACAGAGCAGGUACUAUUUAGCUGGUGGAUCAUUCUCAGCACUGCAGUGACACUGACAUGGUGUUGGUGUGUUAGUGUGUGUUGUGCUGGUUUGAGUGGAUCAGACACAAUAGAUGAGCGAUCGUCUCCGACUUUACAUCUACAAGGUGGACCAACUAGGUAGGAGUGUCUAAUAGAGUGGACAUUAAGUGGACACAGUGUUUAAAAACUCCACUCAUACCAGCACAACACACA